GUUCUAAAGAGCCUAGUUACCACGCGUCUCCAACUGACUGUACGAUUACCAUCAUCGUCUAGAUCGGUGGUGGAACAUUUUACUUAACCUGUACCGCGGAACACCAUGUCAAAUUUAUAACAGCGCGUAAAGAACUCACUCCAUUUCGUUCCUUUGUCCUAGACUUCAAUCUUUAUCUUUCCGGCGAAUCCCGACGUGUGUGUGAAAAUGGCGAAACCGGUGACGAUAGGUUUCAUGCUACUGGUUUUGUAUUGUGUUCAAUUUAGUUCAACCGCUGAAGAAACGUUUGACGUUCGUCAACACCUGUCCACCGUAACAAGAUACGAGGCCUCAAAACACAUCAAAGAUAAUGCGUUUGUUUCUUCAAACAUUCCUGAUAAAUGUUCUCCUAUCCACCUAAAUCUCGUGGCAAGACAUGGAACACGUGCACCUACUAAGAAAAGGAUGAAAGACUUGGAAACUUUGUCAACAAGACUUAAAGAUAUUAUGCAAAGCGCAAAAGAAAGAGGGUCUUCUUUGGAGAAACUUCCUUCCUGGUUACGGGAAUGGAGUUCUCCAUGGAAGGGGAAAAUCAAAGGUGGUGAACUAAUAAGCCUAGGAGAAGAUGAAAUGUAUCAUCUUGGAAGCAGAGUCAGGGAACGGUUCCAGGAACUGUUUAGUGAUGAAUAUCACCCGGACGUAUAUCUGAUAAGGGCAACUCAGAUUCCGCGGGCAUCAGCUAGUGCUGUGGCAUUUGGAAUGGGCAUGUUUAGUGGCAGAGGAAAUCUUGGACCAGGAAGGCAUCGAGCUUUUGCAGUUCUGAGUGAAAGCCGCGCAAGUGAUAUAAUGUUGAGAUUUCAUGAUUGUUGUCAGAACUACAAGGCUUUUAGAAAAAAUCAGGAACCUUCUGUUCAUAAGCUUAAAGAACCUGUAUUAGAUGAAAUUACCCGUUCAUUAGCAGCGCGUUAUGAGCUUAAUCUCACAAUAAAGGAUACUUCCACACUUUGGUUUUUGUGCAAGCAGGAAGCAUCCUUGUUGAAUGUAACUAAUCAGGCUUGUGAUCUUUUCAGUAAUGAUGAGGUAAAAUUAUUAGAGUGGACAGAUGACCUGGAGAUGUUCAUAUUAAAGGGUUACGGUAAUUCACUAAAUUAUCGAAUGGGAGUUCCAUUGCUGGAGGAUGUCAUUUUGUCCAUGGAGCAGGCCAUUACAGCAAAAGAAGGACAUGCACCUGGGAGUUAUGAAAAGGCAAGGUUACGGUUUGCUCAUGCAGAGACGUUGGUCCCUUUUUCAUGUUUGAUUGGACUCUUUCUUGAAGGAUCUGAGUUUGACCAAAUUCAAAGAGAAGAGCCCUUGAAAUUCCCCCCAAAACCUCCCCAGAAAAGAACUUGGAGGGGCAGCACGGUGGCACCUUUUGGUGGGAAUAAUGUUUUAGUUUUAUACAGCUGUUCAGCAAAUAACACGAGCAAAUUCUUUGUGCAAGUACUACACAAUGAAAAACCGAUCCCAAUGGCUGGAUGUGGGGCUACUGAUUUCUGUCCCUUUGAAGUUUUUAAGGAAAAAAUAGGUGCUGCACACUUGAAGCACAGCUACGAUCACCUAUGCAAUGCCAAAUUGCAACAGCAAAGCAAGCCAUUUAUGAGUAAGUUAAUUGAAAUAUUUAGUUGGAUUUUCACUGGAAAGAGCAACGAUAACGAAUCCCAGAAAACAGAGCUUUAGACAGGUCAUUUGUUGAGUCUGUAUCUUCCAAACUGGCAUGUUGUUUCUGGGUGGGAAUAUGUGACUAGUGAAGCUAGCCCAUAAUGCUGGAAAUGGAAUGUGGAUAUUUUUUUGAUGUGGGACUAAUCUAAUCAAAGAACCUUUUUGACUGUAGGAAAAACAUGAAUCAAAUUGUAGAAUGCUUUGAUGUUCUAUAUUAAUGUCAAAACAUUUUUUAUGUCUAUUUUUUCUUAGGGUUUUGAUGUUAAUUAGUGUGGUAAGAAUAUGUAUGUUAAGCAAUUGAAGUUCAUC